AAAAGGAGCCCCCUAUGAAUCAGAUUGGCUGGAGCAGCUUGAGUAGCAGCUGUUCCAGCCAGUAAGACCAAAACAAGUUACAGGCAGGGAGGAAAGCCUGGAAGAAGCUCCCUGCUCUGAAGGUUUCCCUGGCUGAUGACUGUGAUUCAAAGAAGAAAAGGAAAGAAGCCGAAAUCUACCAGGCCCUGAACAGCAACCCUGUUGAUGUUGCUGCCCUCAGACGCAUGGCUAUCAGUGAAGGGGGUCUUUUGAUGGACGAGAUCCGAUGCAGAGUGUGGCCAAAGCUACUGAACGUGAACACAGAAGACCUGCCACCUCGUCCAGGAGAGGAGCUCCGGGAAGACAACAAAGACUACCAGCAAGUGUUGUUAGAUGUGAGGCGAUCCCUUCGGCGCUUCCCUCCAGGCAUGCCCGAUGAGCAGAGGGAGGGGCUGCAGGAAGAGUUGAUUGACAGCAUCCUGCACGUCCUGCAGCGUAACCCGCAGCUGCACUACUACCAGGGCUACCAUGACAUCGUGGUCACCUUCCUGCUUGUUGUGGGAGAGAGACUGGCAACGGCCCUCGUGGAAAGGCUGUCGACCCAUCACCUCAGGGAUUUCAUGGACCCGACAAUGGACAACACCAAGCACAUCUUAAACUACCUAAUGCCCAUCAUCGACCAGGUGAAUCCCGAAUUGCAUGACUUCAUGCAGAGGGCGGAAGUGGGGACCAUCUUUGCUCUCAGCUGGCUGAUCACCUGGUUUGGACACGUCCUUUCCGACUUCAGACACGUCGUGCGGCUCUAUGACUUCUUCCUGGCAUGCCACCCACUGAUGCCUAUUUACUUUGCGGCAGAGAUCGUGCUCUACCGAGCGCAGGAGGUUCUGGCCUGUGAGUGCGACAUGGCCUCCGUCCACCACCUCUUGUCCCAGAUCCCACAAGACCUCCCUUACGAGACCCUGAUCAGUCGAGCUGGGGACCUCUUUGUCCAGUUCCCGCCGUCGGAACUCGCCCGGGAGGCUGCUCAGCAGCAAGCCGAAAGAACCGCUGCUUCCACCUUCAAGGACUUUGAGCUGGCUUCAGCCCAGCAGCGGCCCGACACGGUUCUGCGGCAGCGCUUCCGAGAGCGACUCCGCGCAGAGGAGCGGGCCAACUCCCUCUUGGCGACGAAACCAAGGACCAACCGCUUUGUCAAGCUGGCCGUGAUGGGGCUGACCGUGGCCCUGGGCGCAGCAGCCUUGGCCGUGGUGAAGAGUGCCCUGGAGUGGGCCCCCAAAUUUGAAUUGCAAAUAUUUCCCUGAGCUCCCUUGGGGAGGGGAGUGAGGAAGACGAGGACGCUCCUCUCCCGCUUGGGGUGGCAGGAGUGGACAGCUGUGCCUGCAGAAGGCAAAUCGGUUUCUAACCCCUCUGCUCUCCUCUCUGCCCCCACAUCCAGGCAGCCCUGCUGUGAAGCUGCCACGGAAGCACCCAGAGCUUCUUGGGGAAAGCUCUUCCUCCAGGAAAGCUGGCCGUGACUGCUCUGUGUCACCCGAAGGCCAGAGGACUUCCGUUCUGUGGUGCUUCCACAAUUCCCAGCCCAGGUGCUGGGCCUGUGUGCCUGGAAAGUAGUUGGGGAGGUGUUGCGCUUUGGAAUUCCCUUGUCGCUGCUGGGGGCAGCGGGGAACAAGAGAGGAAUCCACUGUGGAUGUGUUCAAGAAUGACGUUGGUUCCUUCUGCAAUAUGAACUCAAAAGGAGGCAGAGGGAGGCAUGUCGGGGAGAAGUGUCCAGAGACCUCCUUUCCCUGUGGAAAGAGGACAGGCAGUUGUGGGCAGGUCAAAGCACGAGGACCUCCUUAGAUUCCUGCUCACUUCUGCUUCUACCUUCUGCAGCCAACUGACCAGUGCUGUCUUGCAGCGGGAGCCGAGACCUGUCCUGGGGGAGGAGUAGCUGUGCUCUAGCCGCCCGGCCAGGAUUCUGCAAGAAGGCUGGGGCCUGGCCCACGAGCGCUUGCCCUUCAGAUUUCCAGCUGUGAAAUCUUACCUGCUGCAGGACCAAAGUUUGUGGUGUGGAGAAUGGGCCUUAAGAGUUCCCUUCCACAGCCAGAAACAGAAGCACUGGUCGUGGUGAGUGAAGGAUUCUCCCAGUAAACAACUGCAUAUGAAACCCAAAGUCCCAUGCACCCCACAGAGAAUCCCCCACACACACACCUCUACCUCCUCCCUCUUCCAAGAAGCCCUUUCACAAGUGCCCUUACCUAACACACACCACCAUUGCUCUGAUGAUAGCAAACCACUCUUGCCCCUCUCUGACCCAAGACAGCCUCUUCAGGCGGCUAGGAAUCCUGGGGGUGAAACGAAGGAUCAACAGCUCCAACCAGGUCACUGGCCAUGAUGAAGUGUGUGCUUGUGUAGGCACCUAAAUUCCAGCAGUGACUAGCCAGCCGGGCUGUGGGAGCAAUAGCUUUGUUUUGACUCCAGUGAGCUCAUUCCUACAGCAACAGUUUUGAGUCCGAUUCCUACUCCAUGUUCGGGACUGGAGGACGAGGAAGAGUGUAUUUUGCCAUUGAAACGCAGCUUCCAGAGGAAGCCGCCACUGUGCCUGGCGCCCAUAAGGACCUGUCCAGUAGAAAGACCUGCAGCUAACCUAUGCAUGCAUUUCUUUGAAACAAUUGUCUUGCUUUUACGAGUGCUGAGCCCUGUGGUGCAUUGCAAGUUGCAUACACAAGAAGCAAGGUGAGAGGAAUGGAGAGAACUCUUCCCAUGCUGUUUGCUGGGCCCCUCAUCUCGACAGCCCUAGUGUUGACCCUAGAAGUGGCUGUUCCUCUGGCUGAAUUGUGCCUACUUGUCACUCCCUGCCCCCCAGAAAAUAUGUAUGGCUUCAGCUGGUGGUGGCUCUUGGAGCCCCUGCUCUUGAGAUGGAGCAGUGCAGUCCAGCUGUGUUCUGGGGCGGCUCAGCCCACCCUCGCCCCCGGCUUGGGGCACCAACAGCUGCCCCAGGCCAUGUGCCCUUGCUGCUAGCAGCCCCGUCCCAGCUGCCAAGUGCUGGGAAUGAGGUGCCAGCCAUGGCCAUGUGUGUCGGAGGCGGGGGGAGGGUACCGGCACACAUGCACACACACACACCCACACACAUGUCCUCCUCUGGCCUCUUGUAGAGCAGGUGCCUGGAACCAGCAGCCUCUGCAGAGAUGGCCCGGGCUCCUCUGUUAACGGGAAGGCACUGGCAGGAAGCCUGUGAAGUAUGGCUGUACUUAGCACUUUAUCGAAAUCUGGGUUAAAGAGGAAGGCCUUCCAGGAGGCCCACCUGCUCCUUAGCGCUUCCCUUUUCUUGCCUUGGUAGGAAGUGGCCUCUGCCCAGAAAUCUGGCUCACCUUUUUGCAGGAGGCCCCUCUGAAGAGUGGGUUCUGGCCACUGCCUCCUGACCCGGAGCCUUUUUAUAGCAUUCGUCUGGGUGGUGGGCAACAGACAGCCGAGAAAGAGAGAGGUUCGGACCGGAGGCCCUCGCCUUUGUAGCUGGCUGCCUGCAGAAGGGCUGGACUUAACAGAUACGUUAAUGAUACAGUUUGUCAUGCUGAAAUGGAACAGUCAUUUCCUUCCCCUUCACCAGCAUCUGCCACAACAGAAGCAAAUUGUAGCAGACUUAGAAAUGAUUUGUCGGCAGCAUGCAAGUAAAUCUAUUUAUCACACUUGUAUACCGCCCAAUAUUAAAUUCUCAAGGCAGUUUACAAUGAAACGCUUGCAGCUGCAAGGAGGGGGAAAUCUACUUCCUGGCUGAUGUUUGCUACUGUAUAACGAAGCCUUUUAGGCUGGUUUGUGCAACUGGUAGAAUCCAGAGGGAAAGCGUGUGUGAGAUGGCUGUGCUGCCGGCUGAAUGCUCCUGCCUGUGUGUUUAAAUGUAGAUAAAAAUCCCUGCAUGUCGAAAAUGAGCAUACUCGGGAGACGUUGGCAUGCUCUUUUUCUGUCUUUAGGAAGACCCACACACCCAUGGAGGGGAAUCAAGGCAGAGGGUCCCUUACAGCCUAGAGUGGCAACAGUUGAUGACCUUUCUCAGGUGAUUCUGCUGCUUGUUCCAACUGGCUCUUAUUGCCCCAGAGGAAACGUCAGUCCAGUUUGACUCCUGUCUGCAUUUGCUAGAAGGCUGGGGAAAGCUCUUCUUAGAAGCAAAGAUGGGAGGAAGACUAUGACCGAAGUGAAGGCAGGGGCAAGGGAAGGAAGGGCCUUGCUCCAUGCAUGUGAUGAGAUGAACACCACUCCCCCUUCACAUGGCUGAAUGUGAUGGCCGUGUGUCAUCCAGUCUUUGUCUUGUGCUCCAAAGUGAGCUGCCAGUGUCCAUGGCAGUGAAGCAGGGUGCCCAUUGCCUCUUGCCAGGAUUGCCAGUCAUGGGCGGCGGCUGUAGCUGCGCCACCCACCAAGCCAAAUGCAACCUGGCAGGCUUGUAGGGUGACCAGUGAGCUGCUUCGCCACUCCCCUGGAUUUGCAGUCCCAGGCAGGUGACAGACCCAGGAAGUUUAUUGAGUCCCUUGUGUGGCACCACACAGCCAGGGAGGGCAUCAGAGGAGGGGCAGCUGCCUCCCCUGCCCAGCAGCAACUCGGGCUGCUCCUCUCUCUCUCUCACCCAAGACCCCUGCUGCCUGCAGGCUAGCCAUUCAUCAGGUAGAGCUGCACGGUUAACCAGGCAGCACAGCUCCUAGGCAGGGUGGGAGAGGAGCAACCCAAGGUGCUGCCGGGAAGCAGAGGCAGCUGCACCUCCUUGGGUGCCCUCCUGGCUUGUUAGAAGAGCUGCUAUUGCAUACAGCCGAUGGGAUGGUGAAUUGCAGGCUAUACAAACACGACCGUUACCAGCCUUGAAUCAGCACAGUGACAAAUGGUGUUCCAGAUCACUGAAGUCAGACUUGCAGUAGCCAGAAGAGAUUUUGCCACCCUUGCUGUAUCGCAGUCUUCCUGGGGUAAAGGCAGCCAGGGGUGUGGCCACACGCUGCCCCCCCCUCCUCUUCAGUAGGGAAGCCAGGGGUUCCCUCCCCCUCACAGAAAGAGAUCUCUGGUUGUCUCGCCACUCUGUAUAAAGGUUAUACAUAUGUAUGUAAGAUGCAGAUUUGUACAGGGCCUGCCAUUGUGUAAAAAUAAAUGCUAUACCCACUUACUAAA